ACCAAAAUGGCCAAAACCCCUCAUCUUAGGCACAAAGGAUAAACAGUAAACUCCGCUCGGUUACACUCAGCGCCGAUGAAACUGCCUAUCACUUCCAAAUUUGGAUUUCAGAUCUGUCAGUUCACCAUGUUUUCUCCGUAAUUGCUCCUAGAUUCCAAGUCCUAUCCGAUUCUGUGCUUCAUUACAAAGGUAAAAUUCUCUUCCCGUUCUCAAUUCCGUCGUGCUCGGAGGAUUUGACUUCGAUUCGCUCAAUCUGCGCCGAUGUUUCUCCGAGUACUCGGAGUUGGAAAUGUAGCACUUUUUGUGGUUAAUUUUGACUGGGGAGCUGAUUUUGCCGUUGUUGUGAGGAUUGUACUGAGAGAUAGAAGUGAAUUGGGAACGGGGUGCUGUUGUUCGGCUCUGUUGAUGGAUAUGAGAUUGGUUUUUAUCUUAAUUUGUUGUUUGAGAUGUCGUGAUUAUCUGCCGCAAGUUUAGGGGAAAGAAAAAGGAAAGAAAGCAUUGGAUUUAUCGUGUUUAUACUUCUUCCCAGAAAACUGUAUACUUCCUAAAUGAUGUUGUGGGAAAAAUUUCCGCUUCAUUCUAUGGUUGAGGGGACGCUGCAAUCAUAAUUAUUAGAGAUAUGAAAUGCGCAUAAAUAAUGACUGACAGAAAUGGGCGCAUCAAAGAAAUGGAUCAAAGCAUUGCUUGGUUUGAAGAAAUCCGACAAAUCACAAUCUUUUGAGACUGAUGAAAAUAGAUCUGGGAGCACUGGGAAGAGUCGCCACCGAAGAAAGCACUCUGUUGAGAUUGAUAGCCGUGUACUUGUAAAUGAGUUCAAUCAAAAUGGGGCAACUGAUGAAACCAAAGCUGCUAAUUUUCAAUCAGUCUCAGAAACAGCUAGCUCCCCUUCUACUUCACUUCAGGUUCAAAAUGCGCCUCAAUUUCAACAGAAUAUGAGAGAAGAAUGGGCAGCAAUACGCAUCCAGACAGCCUUUAGAGGAUUUCUGGCAAGGCGAGCUUUGCGUGCUUUAAAAGGAUUAGUGAGGCUUCAAGCUCUUGUCAGGGGUCAUGCUGUAAGAAAGCAAGCUGCCAUAACACUCCGAUGCAUGCAAGCUUUAGUUAGAGUUCAGGCUCGCGUCCGAGCUAGGCGUGUUCGAAUGGCAUUAGAGACUCAGACAGUGCAGCAGAAACUUCAACAACAACUUGAACACGAGGCUCAUGUUAAAGAAAUUGAAGAAGGGUGGUGUGAUAGUGUUGGAUCUGUUGAAGAAAUUCAAGCUAAGUUGUUGAAAAGGAAGGAAGCAGCUGCUAAACGUGAAAGAGCAAUGGCCUAUGCUCUAGCUAACCAGUGGCAAGCCGGAUCAAGACAGCACUUUACACCUUCUGGCUUUGAACCUGAUAAAAGCAACUGGGGCUGGAAUUGGUUAGAGAGAUGGAUGGCCGUGCGCCCAUGGGAAAACCGGUUUCUAGAUAUUAAUCUCAAAGAUGGUGUCAAGAUCCGUGAGGACGAAGCAGCCGAUUUGAAGAAUGCAUCUGCAACUCAAUUCAAUUCCACAGGAAAGCGACCCACAUUGAAUUUUGCAAACGGAAAGGUUCCUUCACGUUCUAGUAAUAACACCAAUGUCUCCAAUGAAAAGCGUGCUGCUUCCAAUUCCGAAGGCUGCAGUUCUUCACCCAACAAGUCAGUCAAUGUGCAAGAAACCCCUGUGUCACUUUCCUCCAUGCCUAAACCAGUUGUUCAAGACUUGGUUGAGGAAGCCACCUCAUCGCUUAAGGUUGUUUCAAGAUCACAGAGUAAUCCUAAAGAGAGGUCCACUCUCACAGAUAAACAAGGAAAGAAGCGGUUGUCUCUGCCAGCCAGUGGACUGGGGCAUGCGGCUCAACCAGUAAAGUCGCUCAAUAAAACUAGUGUAAGAAGGUCCCCUAGCGCCACGAAGCCCGGAAAGGACAAAGCCAAGUCGAACGGGCUUGAUGCCAAGUCAUCUAAACCGAGGCAACAAAGUGAUCAUUAGGGAUGGCACAAGUUCCUCGAGCAGCGGCUGCUGUAGAUUGUAUGUAAAGAGCACAUUGCUUGUGACGAUGAGUGAGCGGGGUUGUCGCAGAAAUAAGAAUGGAGUCAAGACUGUUUAGCGGAAAAUGAUUGUAUUUAUUGGUUGAUUAGCAUUGUUUAGAGCUGCUGGGUUUGUGGUAGCUGCAUGUAUGGUUGCUCGUUUUAUUAGUAGAUUGAUUGUUGUUGCCUUACCUUGCCUUGAGAUUCAUAUAUAUGUUGUAACUAAGUUGUAUAUCUUUAUUCCUCAA